AUGAUGUCAAAGCUAACAGUGUGGGGCCCUUCUAUUACAGUUACAACACAAUCCUAUAAUGAUGUAAUUUGUCGUCGUCCGUGGUAUUUCAAUUCUCCCAGACCUGCUCCAUUGAGAUGUCCAACACCAUCGUUUUUCACUUAUUACGAGUGUUGUGGAGAGUUUUUAGGAAACUGUUGUUGGAGAUUCAGACAAGAACCAAUAAUCAUUUGUGUCAUUCUAAUUGUUCUUCUCCUUCUUGUUUGCUGUUGUUGUUGUAUUGCAUGGUGUGUGGUUGGAAGAAAGAAAUCAACUAGUUGUGUAGCACCGGAAAGGAAGAAGACGACAACGACAAAAAAGGAUUCCCAAAUUCAGACAGUCAGCAGUUCAACAAUAGAUUCUGGAACCCAAUGGGAACUCAGAAGGGGUUACGAAGAAUCUGAAAAGAGGCGUUCCUAUGCAGCAGCAAGAGAUCGAGAUUUGGAUUAUCAGUAUUUUUCGUGA